AUGUCAAACUACAAAACGGCUUGCGCAUCCGACUUGGAAACAGAAGUCCAUACCUAUGAGAACGUUGUUUAUCUCAGUCUCGGUGUGACGCUCAUCUGUAUGGUCGUUCGUCGGGCGAAGGCUGAAGGAUUCAAGGAAAACCCAGCACAAGGUGCCAAGGUUUUGUUUUCCUUUGCCGGCAUCAAGGUCAUUCUUGGUAUUGUUCUACUGAUCACCUUUCCUGGAUGUCCUGAAACAUGUGGUAAUCUCUGCAACGACGACAGCAACAGUAGUGCACAUCACUACAUUUAUCCCAUUGUUGUCUUUGUGAUUGCCCUCUUAUGGUUUCAUAUCGGUAGCAAGUACCGUAAAUUGGCUGCUAAUGGUGCUGCCUUCAUGGGAGAAGGGGAUCGCAUGAUGGGGGUGGAAGCAACAUCACCAACCACCAACAUGAAGGAAAUGGUGUAA